AUGAGCAAUGUGCGCUCUCUCAUCGCCAAGUACGACGUUGUCGAUUCUACACUUCCUCCCUCCCCUGCCCGAUUUAUUCCACGCCGUUCUACGCCUUCUAAUUUUGCGACCUCUGUAGCAUCCUCUACUCUUAUUGACGACCUCUCACGACACUCUGACGACGAAGACGAGCCAGAAAUCCACAAGCACCCACCACAAUCACCUAUUCGACAUUCUCAUGUUCCGAUUGCCGCUACCGCGGUUUUUGCACGCAAUGCCCCACCGCUCUCAUUACCGAGGCUCGACCAUUAUCUAUCUCAGCUCAAGCCGCCGGAUUUCGCGGCUAAUCAAACCUCUGACGCUGCGAUGUUCCCUCCAAUGGAACAACUGGCAAAGACUGGUAGCACGAUCGAGGAUUUAGAGCUCAACUUAUACCCCUGCGCCAUGGUGGCGUAA